GCGUGUGGCGUGGAGCGAGGCGAGGGCGAGCGAUGAGGGCCGCGGCGGCGCUGCGGGAGCGCUCCGGGAACCAGCCCGCGGGACGGAUGGAGGCCGAGGCCGAGCCGCGAGGCCUCUGGUGGAAGGAGACCGGCGCGGCAAUGAGGCGGCUGGCGGAGGCCCUCAGCUGCUCGCAGUGUGGGGACAUUUUGAAGAAACCUGUGAACAUAGGAGGCUGUGAACAUGUCUUAUGCCUAAAUUGUGUGAAUGACAGCAGUGGAACAGCCUGCCCAGUGUGUCACGUGCCAGCCAUGGUACAAGAUGUGAAAGUAAACAGGCAGCUGGACAACAUUGUCAAACUGCACAGUAAACUGCAGAAUCUGUGGGGCAGGGACUUAUCAGGUUCAGGAGAGAACCUGUCUGACCCUGGAGAUGUGGUUUGUGAGACAGGAUGUAAGAAGCAGCAACUAAAAGAGGACUUCAGUCCUUGUAGGAAGAGCAAGAACUUGACUAUGCAAAAGAGACCAGAGAAGACAGAACAGGCCGUGAAGGGCCAAGAUGGCCAGCCUCAUGCCCCAACUUCCACCCAUGAUUUUAGUCUUUCUCCUACUAAAGAGCCUUUUAAAGAGCAAAAGAACCCCAGUCUGCAACAGCUGAGGAAAACGACUUUAACAGACAUCAACAGCCAGCGGAGAUUGCUCAAAGGAAGACAGAAAAGGACCAGUGGACAUGAUGAAGAGAGCACAAGCGAAGCAAAGGUGGUGUCAUUGGAUAUUCCCAGUCCAGACCCCAAAAGCACAUCGGAUCACAAGUCUCUAAUGGGGGCAGAGCUUGCACAGGGUAAGAGUGAAGUCAGUAUGGAUGCCACUGCAUCUGUGAAACUUGUAGAGAGGAGCAGCAGGGAUAACUUGUCUUGUUCAUGUGGUGUUGUGGAGGAGAACUUGAGUUCUGAAGAGUGCCUCCUCUCCAGAGGGGAAACGGCUCCACUAAAGCAUAGAAGGCAACGAAGCAGAUUGUCUACUCCUUUACAUAAACACCCCAGCAGGAAAGAGCAUAGCACCCCUGGAAGUUUAGCACUGCUGAAUGAGUCCCCAAGGCCAUCACCCAAAGAUUCCCUUGGGGAUUUUUUGCCCACCAUUGACUGUAUAAGGUGUUCUCCAUCUACACCAUCUGCUAGCUCUUCACCAACAAUGAGAAACUCUGAAGAUGCAUGUAACCAAAAAACUUCCAAAGCAGCACAUCUGUCCAAUACUGCUUAUCAAAAAGAGGCACAGCUAACUGAGUCUUUCUCCAGGAAAUCUCCCAGUAGUCUGCCAGCCAAGAGAAAUCAUAAAGGGGAGACUUUGCUCCACAUCGCUUCCGUUGAGGGUGAUCUUUCUGCUGUUAAGCACUUACUGAAAAGUGGAGCAGAUCCCAAUGUUAAAGACUAUGCUGGAUGGACUCCGCUGCAUGAAGCUUGUAAUCAUGGACAUAAGGAGGUCGUGGAGCUGUUGCUACAACAUGGGGCACUCCUGAAUGCGGCUGGGUAUCAAAAUGAUUUGCCGCUUCACGAUGCUGUCAAGAAUGGACAUACAAGUAUUGUUGAACUAUUGCUUCUGCAUGGAGCUUCUCGAAAUGUAGUUAAUAUAUUUGGUCACAAACCUGUGGAUUAUGCUGAAACAGAAAAUAUGAAAUCGCUUCUGAUGCUCCCAGCAAAGAAUGACCCUUCUACUACUACUCAGUGUCCAGAACAAUUAAGCCUAAAUCAGCCCAGAGAAGGACCUGUUGUUCUCCUUGGAAGUGGUCUUAAUCCAGUCCAGCAGCAAUUGUUGUGCAAACUGGCAAAGGUUCUGAAAGCUAGAAUAUGUACGGCAUUUAACAGCACAGUGACACAUGUUGUUAUCCCUGAGAAUUCUACACCCAGUACUAUGAAGUGCAUGCUGGCUGUUUUGACUGGAUGCUGGAUCUUGACAUUUCAGUGGGUAGAUGCCUGCCUGAAGACAAGCGCUCGGGAGCAAGAAGAGAAGUAUGAAAUAGAUGGUGGCCCACGCCAAGGCCGACUGAACAAAGAGCAGCUGUUGCCAAAGUUGUUUGAUGGCUGCUACUUCUAUUUUUUGGGAUUGUUUAAGGAGCACAACAAAGAUGAUCUGAAGGAACUGGUGAAAGCAGGUGGAGGACAGAUACUGCUGAGGAAACCCAAAUCGGAUAGUGAUGUGACACAGACAAUCAAUACUGUAGCCUAUCAUGCUGAGAUUGCUUCUGACCAGAGUUACUGCACACAGUAUAUAAUCUACGAUGGCUCUUCUAACUACAAGCCAGAGAAAAUUCGGCAAGGAAAGGUUUGGGAGGCACCAUCUAAGUGGCUUGUAGACUGUGUGGUGUCAUUUCAGCUAUUACCUGUUAAGAAAUAAAAAAUUCAAGCAUCGUGAUGCUGGAAUCUUUAGCGCAGCCCUGCUUUUCAGACAGAUUGAAAUUAUGUACCUCAACCUAGAAACAACUAUUAAGCAACAGAUCCACUUCAUUUAUAUCAUGAUUUUGGGGGUGGAGGACACACAUUCUAGAUUUAGUUAGACUUGAUACAAUUUGGACCCCUUUAGUGGCAGACUUGUGUUUUUUUUAUUUUAAGGAGAAUUGAAAUGUUAGUUCAAGUUAGGAUUCUAAUAGCAGUAAUAUUUAAAUUAAGACCAGAGUUUGUGCAGAGGUGAGAAAGUAUGGCCCUCAAGUUGUUGCUGGAUUCCAGCUCCCACCAGCCCUCAUGGCCAGUGGUCAGGAAUGAUGGGAGUUGUAGUCUAGCUGAAGGAGUUGUAGUCCAGCUGAGUUGUAGGGCCUCGGCUUUUCCAUUCCUGAAUUGAAAUAAAUUUGUAUGCAGUUUAACAUUCCUGGUUUUAAUAACAAGAGGAGGAGUAGUAGAGCAAAUUUCUGAGCACACAAGUCAAUUUUAAACUAACAUUUUUAAACCUUUAGCACGUGUCUGCACAAAAUAUCUCCUGUGUGCUUACUAUUAUAGGGCAUAUUCUGAAAUAAUGGUCAUAUUAUACUGAAAUCCUGUGUUUGCCUUUUAAAACCCACCAGUAUCACUUUGGCUGCUCUAAUCUCUUCAUAUCACUGCUCACAGUGCUUUAUCUAAUAAACUACCUACUAAAACAGUUGUUAAAUCUUUCCCCCCUUUUUUGCUUACAGUGAAACAGACACUAGCAUUGGUUUUGCGGAAUGUUUAAAUGGGUUAUUCUUAUGUUUGUAAUCAUGAUUUCUGUGUUCGUUCUUAUGCUGCGAUUAUGUUCAGUAUGUCAUCGGUGAUAAAUCAUGACUUGAAGCAUU